UCUGAGCUAGGUUCACACGCAAGACUCUAGGCUGCACAGGAAGCUCUGGGCUACCCUACACCCACUGGGGCCUAUGGCCUCCAAGACUCCUACAUGCUGCGUGUGCAAUCACCGUUCAGAAACAGUCCAGCCCAGCGAACACAGAGAACCACCCCUUCCCACACUCAUGAAGGACUACAAAAACAUCAUUGCUGGCACGGAUGUUGUGAAAAGCAUCUUGUUAUUGGAAAUGGCCAACCGGAAAGAAAAGCUAAAUAUGAAACAAGAAACGUUGAUGAGCAAGAUUGCAGAAAACUCCGAGGACACCAGAUCCCUGGAGGCUCAAAUUGUUGCCUUGAUGAUCAAGUUCCUGCAAUUACGAAGAACACAUGCAGAAACACUAAAAGGCCAAAGCCCAAAAACGCCAUCUGCAGAUGAGUAUCGACCAAAGGAAAAAGAUGCUCAAAAUCUUCCGCCGGACCAACUAUGAUGUCUUUGGGUAGACAUGCAGGGAGCUGGGGAAUGAAUGCACCAAUCCUCUUCCGCAUUUCCAGGGCGUCCAUCGCUGCUUCACAGCCAUCGCCGCUUCACAGCCAAGAAGGCUCUGUGCAUUCAAGUUUUCCAGA